AUGUCGCAUCAGACCGACCAAGAGGGUGGGGCCAGAUCUAGGGCUACCAAAAAGGCCGCCGCGCAAACCAAUCAAACGAAACGUGCGGCGGGGAAAAAGGCUGAGGUGGGAAAGCAGAAGCCCGGGAAGAAGGCGGAGGACAAGGGGAAGCAACCAACGGCACGCAAGCGUGUUUCGGCCGUCAGGAGCGAUGCGGAUGUUGCCACUGCUGCCCUCGAGCCCGGUCAUUCUGACGACGGCACCAUCGGCGGGAACGAAGACCCUGGGCGUGGCGGCGUGAGUGUUGCCGUCUGGUCGGGGGACAGAGAGGGCUUUGCGACUGGAGGAAAGCACGGCGACUCUCCCCGCCAAGAUCAGGCCGCAACUUUGCCGCGUAGGCAGAGGAAGAGCAAUGGUGAGGAGGAGAAUGACACCCCCGUGGCUGAGGAUAUGCCCAUACGCGCGAAGAGGAGGCAGACGACAGCCAGCGGUGACGACGCCGGUGGUGCUGAAGUUGGGACAAUGCGAGGCACCACGGCGCCAAGUGGCUUGGCGACAGAUCAUGCAAUGCGGCAUAAGGUGGGAUCCGGUCCGAGGAAACCAUCUAGCGGACGGAGGGGGAAGCAAUCUUCGGGGGGGAAUAGGCCGAAGCGCGGCAAAGAAGGCCCUAGUGAAGCGGAUGUUGAGGACGAGGGGGAUGGGGAGGAGGAGGCCAAGGAGGAUGCGGAGGAGGAGGACGAGGAUGCAGGGGAGGGAGAAAAGGACGAGGAUGAGCAGGAGGGCGACGAUGAUGAGGAGGAGGAGGAGGAGGAGGAGGAUGAGGAUGAGGACGAUGAGGAGGACGAUGAGGGGGACGACGAGGAUGAGGAGCAGGAGGAGGAGGAGGAGGAGGAUGAGGAGGAGGAGGAGGAGGAUGAGGAGGAGGAGGAGGAGCAGGAGGAGGAGGAGGAGGAGGAAGAGGAGGAGGAGGAUGAUGAGGAGGAGGAUGAGGAGGAGGAGGACGACGAGGAGGAAGAGGAGGUGGAGGAAGGGGCGGAUGAGGAGGAGGAGGAGGAGGAGCCGGCAGGGAAAGGACGGGGCGCGCGAGGCGGGCGGGGGAGUGGCACAGGGAAGGUGGGGGGCCGGUCUGGACAAUCCCGGAAACGCGGGGCGGGUGACGCAAUGCGUGGCGGACCAGCGGGCAAAUCGAAGGCAUUUGGCUACCGCGCGGUCUCCCCCCUCGCCGGUCCAUCGCGUGUGCAUCAACCAAGCACCUUUGCCAAUCCCUUCCCUGAGCUUCCCUUUUCCCGCCAGCGUGAUAGUGUGAGGGCACACGGUGCUGCUGCAGAAGACGUUGAUCCCCUUGGCCAGAGAGGGGUUUCUACACACCCUUUUCCGGAUGUCAUGGAUGCGCUGGCUGAAGGUGCAGAGCACGGGCAGUUUGUUACACGAGACGAGUUCCAGCAGCUACGGUCUGAGAUGUACGCCAUGUUUGCUCAGCUCGGCCUGCGUCGGGGAGCAACUGCCAGCUAUGCCGGGGGGGCCGCAGUGGUGCCGAUGGGUGGUACCCCGCCGCCGAUGAGUGCCGUGGACAAGGCACGUGUGCUUGUGCUGCAGGAGACCAACCCAUUCCCGGUAUGUGGCGGGUUGGGGUUGACGUGGCAACCAGGGCAGGGUUGGGAAUGA